AAAUUUAAUAAAAAUAUAAAUUUCAGAACCAGAUAAUUUUUUUUAUAUUCCAUGCUUUUUUAUGUCUUUAAAAUUUGUAAAUGGAAACCCUUGUUUGCAAAUUUCACUUCGCCUUCACAAACUCCUUAGAUUUCAAAAAGGCCCCAUCUUCUUCUUCAUUUUUUUCUCGCCGGGUCAGCAUCAGCUUAUCCAGUAACCGAAGCUCCACCACCACAGCACUGAGAAUGGCUGAUUCCACAGCUCUUAAGCAACAUAAGAUUGUAAUACCAAACCAAUAUGGUGAAAAGCUUGUGGGUUUAUUGCAUGAAACUGGAUCUAAGGAGAUUGUUGUCUUAUGCCAUGGUUACCGUGCCACAAAGGAACACGAAAUUAUGGUGAACCUUGCUGUUGCUUUAGAAAAUGAAGGAAUCAGUGCUUUCCGUUUCGACUUUUCAGGAAACGGAGAAAGUGAAGGCACGUUAAUUUAUGGUGGCUAUUGGAGAGAGGCUGAUGAUAUACGUGCUGUAAUCGAACACUUCUCUGGAGCAAAUCGUGUCGUAAGUUUGAUUCUUGGGCAUAGUAAAGGGGGCGAUGAUGUGGUCCUAUAUGCAUCGAAAUAUCACGAUAUCAGAGCAGUUAUCAAUGCUUCUGGUCGUUAUGAUCUCCAUAAAGGGAUUGAGGAACGCUUUGGGAAAGACAUCAUGGAAAAGAUUAAGCGAGAUGGGUUCUUUGAUGUUAAGAACAAAGAAGGAAAUAUUAUUUAUAGAAUUACACUGGAAAGUUUGAUGGAUCGGUUGAAUACCGAUGUGCAUAAAGCUUGCCUCCAGAUUGAUAAAGAGUGCAGGGUCUUGACUAUCCAUGGAUCUGCAGACGAAGUCAUUCCGGUGGGAGAUGCGAUAGAGUUUGACAAGGUCAUACCUAAUCACAAAUUACAUAUCGUAGAAGGAGCUAAUCAUUCAUACACAUCACAUCAAGCUGAGUUAGCAUCUAUUGUUCUGAAUUACGUGAAGGAGAUAGCAAAACCAGACAAGAGUACUGCUAGCUAGCUGGUGCUUCUGUAUGCCAAAUUUAUUGAAAUGUUAUUGUAAUUGUACUCUUGAUGACAAUUAUCAUGUAUCAGUGACUACUGGAUGCCUUAAAUUUUAUAAUUUUCUUUCAAUAAAACAUUAGUAAGUACAUUUAUAGAGAAAAAA